GGGGCCAUGAAAGUAAUGCCACAAAGAAUUGGAGAGUCGAGUAGUUGACACUCAGAUGGAUUCGUGGUGAGCUCCAGCCUAACAAGUAGCAGGCCAUACGCUUGAAGAAACCGGCUUUUUCUUUGCAUAUAAAUGUAUUAUUCGUGAUAGAUAUGACGGAAAUGUUUUCAACUCUGUUCGGGCAAAAUGAAGCUCAGGGACCGCCCGGCUCGUCGUCUCUGGGUUUCGGACCAGGGAAACCUCCGCCGCCUCUACCGCAAAAUCAAGUCUCCAUGGCGGGGCAGAUGCCACCGCAGCUCGGGGAUGAAGGGCCUGCUCUGCGGAAGCCUGGAGCCAUGAAUGAACCUUUCUACUUAUUGCGGGAGCUUCCUGUGGGAAACGAGUUAACGGGAAACACCAACCUCAUCACGCACUACAACCUGGAACACGCCUACAACAAAUUCUGUGGGAAGAAGGUGAAGGAGAAGCUCAGCAACUUUCUGCCAGAGUUACCAGGUAUGAUUGACUGUCCAGGCACUCAGGACGGCAGCUCGUUGCGAUCUCUGAUCGAUAAGCCUCCAGUGUGUGGGAACUCCUUCAGCCCACUGACCGGCGCUCUGCUCACAGGCUUCAGACUACACACAGGACCGCUCCCAGAACAGUACAGACUGAUGCACAUACAGCCUCCAAAGAAGAAGAGCAAACACAAGCACAAACACCAUCGACCACAGGACCCAUUACCACAAGAAACUCCAUCAGAUUCUGAUCCCAAGAAGAAGAAGAAAAAGAGGGACGACGAUCCCGACCGCAAGAAAAAGAAGAAAGACAAGAAAAAGAAAAAGAACCGCCACAGUCCCGACCACCCCGGCCUCGCUGGAUCACAACCCAACAGCAACAGCCUCAGAUAGACAGGAGCCCACUGUGUCCACGCCUGUGUUUGAAUGUGUGUGUGUGACUGUGCAUUUUGUAAGAGGAUGUGUGUGUUUUACAGAUAAUUGUAUUAAUGGGAGUAUGUUUAACAAGGGAGGGGAUGAAUCAAAUCAUACAAAUGGUUGUUUGUGUGUGUGUGUGUGUGUGUGUGUGUGUGAAAGGAGCAGUGACACAGUGGAUGUGUGUGAUGAUGGAAAGAAAUGUUACAGAACAGUGUAAAAGGCAGAAAGCCGCUGAUGAGCUGUGUGGUGGUCUGAAUGACUGAGCAGUCGCUGUAUGUAUGCAUGUAUGUAUGUCCCUCUUUGAUUUAGUUGUGAUAUCUUUUGACCAUAAUGCCAAAAUCAAAUAAACUUUGGUAAUUAUCUUUG